AUGGACACGAGAAAGGAGCUAGACGAUCUUUUCAUGUCUAAUACGAGCACAAACAAGCAAAACUGGAGGAAGGUGGCCGAGGAACUCGGGAAGCAGGGCCACAUAUACACCAGGGAUGACUGCUACAACAAGUUCCGCGCAAUGAAGUCAAAGUACAAGGCGAUCAUUGAUGGAAACAGGAAGACCGGCAAUGCUAGGCAGACGUGGCAGUAUUUCUGCCAUUUCGAUAAUCUCUUUGGAGGAGACCCGGCAGUAAGUCCUAUCGCUGCUGUGUCCUCCAUGACGCCACAGGAAGUAUCUCCUGUCCAAGGCACCGAUACCGCCUCGAACACCUCAAGCCCUUCAGCUGCAUCAACACCUCGGCAGUCUAAAAAGCGAAGGAGAGGACCCGAUUAUGAUGAGCCACCACUGUGGGUCCAGAGCUACCGAGACGACCAACAGAGGUUCCAUGAGGAGAGGAUGGAGUUGGAGAGAAGGAGAGUUGCUGCACUCGAGCGUCUUGUUGCAGUGUUGGAGAAUGCAUCGAAUCCAAACUAA